CAGGGGCUUUGCAGCACUGGGGCAAAACACGGCGGAGUUGGAGGAAGUUACUGGGAGCAACUGUGCUAGCAUGUAACCUUACGCGAGUUGGAUACGGCAUUGCAGCAAGAGAGGAGAGGGCAGCAGCAUUCAUGGAUAUUGUGGACACCUUUAAUCAUUUAAUACCCAGUGACCAGUUGGAUGACUCCCUGAUAACAGGUCAAAAUUUGGACUGUGGAGCCAGUAAUGAGUUUGGGACAGGACUUGGACUUGAACAUUCGCUGAAGAAUAUGCUCAGUGAUAAAGAUCCUAUGUUUGGUUGUGCAAGCUCUCAGUUCAACCUGCUGGACAAUGAGGACCCUGCGUUUUCCGUUACCACUGCCACAGCAGGCCUUGAUAGUUUAGCACCUGCAGGUCUCACCAGUAAAGUGACAGCUGCAGAGACUACACAAGUCAAGCGUUCUGUUGGGAGGCCCAGGAAACGUCCAAGUAAUUUACUUUUAGAAUAUAGUUGUGAUCCAGAACCUGCCAACACAUCCACUAAAACCAUGACCCGAGGACGACCAGGAAGUAAACCAGCUAACAGGCUACAGAAGUCAUUUCUCAUUGACAAUGGAGUUAAAGGCACCCAAUUAAAGAAAGAAUUAAUUCUGGGAGGGCGUAUAAAUAUUAAUAAUCUUGAUGGUGGAUUAUGGAUGAGUCCUUCAGUUGUACUGAGACGAUUGACAGUUACAAUUGGGGGUUUCAAGAUUGAGUUGCUUCCAGGACCCUCUUAUCCACAAAACGUUGAUACAACCCAAUCUGCUCCCUUUGAUGAUGGUAUGUCAUAUGGUGGUGAUGUGGGUUUUGCCGUGUUGUCAGAUGAUACUGUUAAUAUGCAGAAUCCCAUAUCUGAGACCGUGGCAGUGGUGGAUGCAACUGAGAAGAGCACUGCUGAUGAUUUAGCCCUUGGGCUGGGCCCAUAUGUGAAUCCUAAUGAUGUGCAGACUUCUAAUGGAACAAUAAAAGGGAGCCCCUGCACACAGGAAACAAAGCUUGACAAUCAGAUUGUUGCUGUUGUGCAAAAGAUAGUGACAGAAGAGAAAGAAGACAUCAAACAGCCACAAUCCAAUGAGAAUAACAAAACUUCAGUAUGUAAGGUUGACAGUAAGGGAAAGCAACCGAUUGUGGCCAAAAAUCCAAACAAUCCAAAGUCCAAACAAGGACUGACCAUAAACAAGGAUAAGGAUUUAGUUUCAUGUAAACCAAGCACCACAGUUAAGGAGCAUAAAGUAUCUCCUACCUCACCAUCAAAUGUCAUUCAAAGAAGUGAUCUGCACAAAAUCAAAUCUCCUAAGGAAAAGAAAGACAUGUCACCACUGAAAAGGCCCACAGAAAAUGCCCAAAGUGAGAUUGCUACUAAAGUGCUAAAGGUACAGGGUACAGGAGAUGGUAAAUUGAAGCCAAAAUUACCAAAGUCACCAAGCUCUGUUGUGAAGAAGAGCCCACCAUCAGCCAACCGCGCUGGGGAUCAUCAGACGCCAAACAAACAUUCUGGCCCCAAAGUUGAGAUGGCUCAUCCAGUGCACAGUUGUCCAAGUCAAACGUUAAAAACACCUGAUGAAGGAGGGCAGGAAAAGUCCAAACUGAAAAAGCUGGAAAAGAUUCUUCAAAGACAGAAAAGUAAAAAUCCAAGAAGCAUCUCUGUGGAUGAGCCACAGCUGUUUAUUCCAGAUAAUGCUCCUGUUGCGAAGAAGGAAACCACUGAGGAGCAACCCGCUAACAGUGACACUGUAUGGGAUGGAAACAACUGUUGUGGUCUGUGCAAGCAACAUCACAAUAACAUGUUCAUGGUUGGCUGUGGUCGCUGUGACGACUGGUUCCAUGGCGACUGCGUUGGUCUCGACCUGUCAAAGGUACGUGAAAUGGAGGAGGAGGACGAGAUGUAUGUCUGCUUGAAGUGUUGUGAAGAAGAGAGCAAAAAGGUGGAGCCAGAGCCCCCAAGUAUAACCAAACCAGAAGUUCCAGCUAAGACAGAGGCUCAGGACCAUAAGCUGCCUCCCAAAUCCAGACCAGGAACCUCCCAGAUACUGGCAUCUGGAGGUGUCAGACCAGUAAGAAAGGAUCCCGAGAGAAGGCAUUCUGCAGAUGCAGCUUAUAAAACAGGCACUCACCUGAAACAUGAGACAAAAAGUAAAACAGCUUCAAAGAAGCCUGUGUCUGUUGACGCAGUCAGGAGAAAUGUGCGUGAUUCGCUGAAAGAAAUCCUGACACAAAGACUGAAGGAGUCUGAUUUGAGCAUCUCAGUGGAGAGGGCCUCUGAAGUUGCCAAGAAGACAGAGAGAGAACUUUUUCACUUGUUUAAAGAUACAGACAAUAAAUACAAGAACAAAUACAGAAGCUUAAUGUUUAACCUCAAAGAUUCUAAAAAUAAUGUCCUUUUUAAGAGGGUUCUAAAAGGGGAAAUUUCACCUAGCAAUCUAAUUCGAAUGAGUCCCGAGGAACUGGCCUCAAAAGAAUUGGCUGCUUGGCGACAAAGGGAGAACCGACACACUAUUGAGAUGAUUGAAAAGGAGCAAAGAGAGGUAGAGAGACGACCCAUCAUUAAGAUCACACACAAGGGUGAAAUUGAAAUUGAAAGCCAGGAACCAGCGAAAGCUCCAGAGCCUGCUGAUCUGGACCCUCUGCCCAAAGUGACAGAGGUGUCAGUAGAACCUCUGAAAACCUCAGAGAAGAAAACGGAGACCACCAAGAGAGAAGAGAAAGACACUACCAACCAACACAAGUCACAUUUAUUUGACCUGCACUGCAAAAUUUGCACUGGUCGAAUGGCGCCCCCUGUGGAAGAAGCACCUACCAAAGUGGUCGCUACUACAGUUGUCAGAAGGCAGUCCACCAAAACGGAAGAAACUAAGAGCUCAACUGCAUCCACACUUGGUGAUGACUUGCACCUCAGUGUUUUGGAGGAGAGCUUUAGACAUGCCCAGUCGGGCCAUGAAGCAAGGUCAGAUCAUGUAACUGGGCGAGAUGAAGAGGCCUCUUUCCUUUCCAACUUGAAGUCCCUGUGGCGAGGUUUCAUUCACAUGCACUCGGUGGCAAAGCUUGUAACAAAAGCUUUCCCAAUCUCUGGCAUUUUGGAUAACUUGACCGAGGACCUUCCAGAUAGCAUUCAAGUUGGAGGUAGGAUAAGUCCACAGACAGUGUGGGAUUACUUGGAGAAGAUUCGGGCAACUGGAACAAAAGAGGUGUGCCUGAUUCGCUUCUCACCUGAGACCGAUGAAGAUGAGAUUUCCUACACUCUUUUGUAUGCGUACUUCAGCAGUCGUAGGCGUUUUGGGGUGGUGUCUAAUAACCGGAAACAAGUGAAGGACAUGUAUCUCAUUCCGUUGGGUGCUACUGAAAAAGUUCCACAUCAGCUUGUUCCCUUUGAUGGGCCAGGUUUAGAAAACAACCGUGCCAACCUUCUUCUUGGACUCAUAAUUCGCCAGAGACCUAAAAGGGAUUUUCUUACUGUGGAUGUGAAUGAAACGGUCAGGAUUAUUCCUGAAAUCAAGCCCAUCACCGUUUCCACUAAAGAAACCAGAGCAACAGAGGAGGACGAGAAGUUUUUUCUCUCUACCUUGAUUACUACUCCUAAAAACGAGAAGGACAAACUACUUAACACUACUGAGGAUGUUGAUGAGCCAGUCACAGAGACUUUUCAAGAACCAUCUGCAUCGGAGGAAACCGCCAAUCAGGAAUCACAAAAACCUCUGCGCUUUCUUCCAGGUGUGUUAGUUGGCUGGGGAGGAGAAUUGCCACCUCUGCCAGAUGUUGGAGGAAAACCUAUAAUAAUGGCAGAUGACAACCCAAAGAUCCAACCAUCUCCAAAAACAGAUGCAUCAGCUGGAAACACUAAAAGUCCAACAGCUGCCACACCACGAGAGCGCUUUGUCAUCAAAAAGAAAGAGGCUAAACCUGCUAAAGCUGAACCUGAGCUCUCCAGCCCGACUGAUGUAUCUGCUGCAAACAACUUAUCAGGAAAAGAUGUUGCUAUGGCGACCCAUGGGGCUCAUAUCUCUCUCAAAGAUAAGCCUCCAGAUGUAUCGACUGAAGCAUUCCUGGCAAGCUUGUCAGCAUCUCCAAGUGGGACAGAAACUAACAGUGCUGCCUCAGCAAACAAAGGGGAUGCUGGCCUUUUGUCUGAAGCUGAAAAAGGACCAUCUGAAGGGAAUUUGUUGUCACAGUCAAAAUCCCAGGCUGCUUCAGAUCCCACAAAUAGCUCAAAACCUCCUUUAAGUGGAAUAUUGAAAAAAUCCUUAGCAUAUUCCAGUGUGAUUGAAGAUAAAACAAUGGUGCUACAAAAGGAUGAAGCCAGCAAUGCAGCUCCUUUAAAUCCUAAACCCGUUCCUGUGUUGAGCUCCACUAGAAAUGAUUCAGUUACACCAUUUCACCAAGGAUAUUUACAGCUUUCUCAAGCCAAGAACAAGCCUGAGGAACAAACCCAGACAGUGAUUACAUGUAAAAAGGAAGAGCCUGUCAUGGCCAAAACUGGUACUGCUGUAACUCCAGUACUAUGUCAUCCUGAAGUGCAGGAACCACAUGCAGAACCAGUUUCCCCAGCAUUCAACAGUGCAGCUCCAGUUCCACUACAACAGCCUCAGGUACUUGGCAGCUUCGACUACUCAAGCAGCCCACUACCUAACACAAUCUCCGACGCAAACAUCCAGGAUCAGAACCAUAGUUCACCAAUGGCUCAGGAUAGUGCUUCACAUGUUCCUGGACUUGAGUCACAGUACCCUGAGAGUUACUCUCAGCAAUCUGAGCAGCCACCAUCAUCUUUGGCCAAGGACCACAGGAGACUAGAAGAGCAAUACAGUGACCCAUGGGAGAGGCCACGGAACACAGAGGACAGAGAGCGGCGGCACAGCCACCACAGGGACUCUCAUCAUGGAAAAAAGAGCCGACAUCACGACCGGGAGCGGGAAAAAAAGCACGAUCGCAGCCAUGAUGACAAGCACAGAGAUAGGAGCAGACACCACGGACACUCAGAGUAUGGUGAGAAGAGGAAAGAGAGGCACCACAGUGAAGAAUACAGCAGUCGCCACAAGGACAGACAUAGACACAGACGAGACUCUGAUUAUGAGAAUGGACGGAGAAGUUCUAAAGACAAUUAUUCAUAAUUUUUUUUUUUUUAAAGCAGAGUAGUGCUAGAAGGACUGCUAUCAGCUUAAUUGUUUAUUUUAUACAUCAUUAUGCAGCUUAUAGGCCAUUUCUUAUGUUAUACAGCCAAAAUGAGAUCAUUUCAGUAGGACUGUAAAGGUUGUUAAAGACGCUUCAGACCAAGAAGAUAAUUAUGAUGAAGCAUUUUAAACUUUUUAAGCUUUUUAUUAUACAUGUCAUGUUUUGUACUAAGCUACUGUACUGACUGCAAAUAAGUAAAUAUUUUCAGUCCUGCCGUAACAUGUGAGGACCAUUAGGUUAGAGGUUUAAUUUUCAGCAUUUUGAAUGAAUGUAACAGUAAACAUUUCACAGAAGGUAGAUCUAAACAGCGGCAUCGCCCCCCAACAACUUUUAUUUCUUUUAAGUUUCUUAAAUAUUUUAAACUUACUUUCUAUUGAAAAGUAUGUACAUUUUGGCUCGUAAUAUACUUUAGAGAUGACGUGUGCCUUUGCACUGUGUGUUUAUGUACAGUUCGUAAUAAAGCUAAUCCUUUUUUUUA